CGCGGCCGCCAUUUUAUCAGCGGCACCGGCGGCGGCGGCAGGAAGGAGAAUGGAAAUGUGAGGUUGAACUGCACAAGGACUGAACAUGGAGUUGGUGAAGAACGUUCACUCUGGCCUCCCUCUCCCUGAGCCACACUCCGAAAUCCAGCGGCUCUCUCUGGUCCGCGGUGAUUACCUCUACUAUCAUUACGGCUGUGAUGGGACAGACGACUGUGGCUGGGGCUGCGGCUACCGGACGAUGCAGACUCUCUCCUCCUGGAUUAUUCUGCAGCAAACUAACAUAAAGAACCACCAGGUGCCUACCUUGAAGGAAGUGCAGGAGGCACUGGUGGAGAUGGAGGAUAAGCCCCCGAACUUCAUUGGCUCCAAGACCUGGAUUGGCUCCUUCGAGAUCGCGCUGUGCAUCGACAAGUUCUAUGACAUCCCAUGCAAAUUGAUUCACGUGCGACGAGGGGGCGAGCUCUUGCAGAAAGUCGACGAGCUCUACCUGCACUUUGACACACUGGGGUCCCCUGUCAUGAUGGGUGGUGAUAAUGACAAUGCUUCAAAGGGGAUUCUGGGCAUGUGCACAGGCAUAGAGAACCAUUACCUCCUCGUCCUGGAUCCCCAUUAUUCUGGGAAGACCCUGGACAAGGAAUAUGCCCAAAGGAAAGGCUGGGUUGCUUGGAAGAAGCUAGACUUGUUUGACCAGAAUUCGUUCUAUAAUUUCUGCCUCCCUCAGUGUAAAGGUGUGUAACCUAGUAACUUCACUGCCACAGACUGUUACUGUUCACAAGUAUCAUGUCCGUCUGCUGUGUUGUGAUCUAUUUAUUAAACAGCCAUAAUUGGCUGAAUUGAAGCUUCAAGUAAACAAUUCUCAGUAAAACAUGCUCCCUAUCCAAGGUUAAUGUAACGUGGUUCUGUGUCUCAUGAGAUGAAGGGGUGGGGUAUUCGAGGAGCAGGCCUUCCUGACUGAAAGGGUGAAUGUGGGGUAACAUCGAAGGAAUGUCUUAUUGUUCUUUGCAAGGGCCAGCAUUUGUUAUCUGUCUGAAAUUCCCCUUGAUCUGAGUGGCCUGCCAGACCAUCAGUUGGCAGUUCAGUCAAUGAUAUUGCUGACAAUCUAGAGUCAUAUGUAGGUCAGACAGGGUGAGGAUGGUGGAUCACAUUCCCUCAAGGACAUUAGUGAAACAGAUGGUUUUUUUCAACGAUCACCAUCAUACCCUUUCUUGUUAUGAUGUACCUGUAUCCAUUAUGUGUAUUCUGAUAUAUCCCCUUAAGUACCACAUCUAGAGUGACUCAUUCCUUUCUCCUUUAAACAAUGUAAAAGUCAAUCACAUUAUAAUAGUUGCUACCUGGAUUUUUUUCACAGUGAGGUCUCACUACAUAAUACCAUGUCUAAUGUAGCCUGCUCCCUGGGAUCAGAUCCUGAGUAUGCUUUUCUAAGAAACUAUCCUGAAAACAUUCUCUGAACUCACCUAUGCUAUAUUUAUCAAUCUGAUUUUCCCAGUCUGUAUGUAGCUCAAAAUCUUCCAUGUAGCUUUUCGACACGUUCCAUUACUUCAUUUUUUUAUACUUCAAGCUAUUUUGAGAUUACUGUUAAAGUAAUCUUUCUACCACUUCCACAUGUGAUUUCUUGCCUUUUAUCAUUUCAUAUUCCUAGCCAAAUUGUCUCCACACCUUGAUUUCCUGAAUUUAGGUCAUCCAUCUCUAUUGUGAUGAUACCAUCAUUAACUAACACUUUACAUUUCCUAGUUUCCUGUCCUGCUUUCAAUGUGUACCUUCAAUAUUCUGUACCUAAUCCAUCUCAAUCUGCAGCCAUGUCUAUGUAAUGUUACCAGAUCAUAUAUAUAUUUAUCUCGUUUCAAAUAGUGUAUGCAGGCAUAUAUAGCAUCUUUAGCUUGAUUUUAUUUCCCUUUAAUUUUUUUUUUCUGUUGGAAUUGUAGUCUGUCCCUUCCUGUCAUGAUCUGUUUAUCAUUUCCCCUAUUAUUACUUCUCUCUUUUGUCUUGACUCUAUUCUUUAAUUUACCUCAUCCUCCCAAAUUUAUUCCCUUGCCACUAUUAGUUUAAAAUUCCCAUCCACUUGCCAAGUUAUGCAGCCCGCUAGAAUCAGCAUGGUUCACGUAUAAGAGGUGUCCGAACAGUAUAGAUACCAUUCUCCUCUGAACUGGUGUCAGUUCCCCAUGAACCGGAGCCUAUUUCUCCCACAACAGUCUUGGAGCCAUGCAUUCAUCCCUUUGAUUUACUCAAGUGACAAUCUGUACGUGGCUGAGGUGAUAGCCUAGAAAUUAAUACCUUUGAGGAGGUUUUUAAACUUUUGGACCUAACAACUCACUCUGACUGAACAGAAACUCUUUUUCUUUAUCAUAGAGAUGUGAUUCAACAAUCCAGCAAUAUGUCAUCUUCUACCUGGUAUCUCUUAGCCUUAGCAGCUGCUAACCUGAAUUGCUAUUGUGUGCAAACGCAUCUGUUGCUGAAUUGGGAUGCAGUGGCUCUGGUUUGAACUCGAGACAAAAUUAUGCAUUUGGUUAGUUGUAACUUGCACUUCUGGGAUAGGAUUAGGCUUAACCGUGCUUGAUACUUUAGUCAGUACCUAACAACACUCAUUUGCCAGGACAGCAAGUGGCUGUUUGAGAUUCUGAAAUGUUUCCUGGAUCUAUGUGACUAUAGGAGAAAGUGAGGACUGCAGCUGCUGGAGAUCAGAGCUGAAAAUGUGUUGCUGGAAAAGCGCAGCAGGUCAGGCAGCAUCCAAGGAGCAGGAGAAGAAGGGCUCAUGCCCGAAACGUCGAUUCUCCUGCUCGUUGGAUGCUGCCUGACCUGCUGCGCUUUUCCAGCAACACAUUUUCAGCUCGAUGUGACUAUAACAUGAGUCAGCACAGCUCCAAGAAUCAGGAACAAAAUAAAAUUACAUUGUCAAUUAGUUUAAACAUGUUUAUUUGUAGAUUCUGAUCAUUGUCAAACUGAUUGGUUUCAACUUGCAAACUUGUUACUCCUAAAUGUGCAAAGGGCUCUGCAUAGCCAAAUGAGAUUUUACUUGCAUUCAAUGGGUAAAAUUAAAAUAACACAUUCACGUUUAGUUUUACCCUAUCUGCCAUACAAUACCAAGGAAUCUGGAUUACACAAUUGGUCAUAUUCCUGCCUCUGAGCUGGAAAGCCCAAACUGAGGUCUCACACCAGCACUGAAAACUCCAGUCAUGGUUUGGAGGAGGAGGUGUAUAAACAGUCUGCAUCUGUGCUACUCCCUCAGCCUGGAUAAAUGGGGAGGGUGAGCGGUUGGAAUCAUCUAUUCUUCACACUUGCUGCUGGAUGCAAUAGGGUUAGCAUUGUUUCCUCAUGAAUCCUCUGAAUUGUACACACUUAAAAUAAAGAUGCAAACAUUUAUACCAAAAAAUUACUGUUUUAUAAAUUGAGUGAAAUAUUGUCACACAUAAAAUCUCACUUAUCAUUCGACUGUGGCCUUACUGCCCAACAUUGAGAAACAAAGCAAAAUUUUAACACACAACCUGCAUGAUCCUGAGCUUAUAAUGCAAAAUUGCAGACUUGUGUGAUGAAAGAUGUAAUGCCAUGCUAACAAACCUCAUCCCUAUCAACUAUGAUUCAAUUUUAAUUGAAAAGUGUUGCAAUCUCUCAAUAAGAAGUGAAUGACAUUCUGUAAGAGCAGGAGCUGUUGUAAGUUGGUCUAAACUCCACACCAUUUUGCUUUGGAUCUCACUAUUCCAAAUUUUUAGCUUGUAUCCUUGCUUGGGAUCCCGACACCAAUGUUAGAAGCUCUGUGUUGUAAAUGUUGUUAUAUACGGAUAAAGUUCCUAUGUACUGAAUUAAAUCGCAUCAAUAUUGCUGUUGGUUUAUCGUAGCUAAAAGAUGUGAAAUUCCAUUUUUAUUAAAAUGAGAUUUUGCAGAACAA